GGUCGACAAAGUUACCUAAAUGAAAAUGUCCUCGACUCUCAGCUCCCCAUCGCCGAACAACAGCAGCCUUUUCACCGCGAGCUACGAGAGGACGGACCUCACCGAGGCGCAAAGACAGAUGAGCCUGCUUCUCUUCGGCUUGUGCGUCGCCAUCGCCGCUCUUACCUUCUUGGGAAGUGUGUAUUCUCUCUUCUUUUUCAUUCGGAUGAGGUGGAAAACMAUCCUGUGGCUCAUCGUGGCUUCAAUGUCCGUGGACGACCUGCUCAGCGUGAUACCUCUCUCCCUCUUUAUGCUCAUGCAGUGGGAGAGAGAUGGAGAGGGAGGGUCGGUGACCAUAUGCACUUUAUCGGGACUUCUCUAUGUGUUCCAAGGACUCUCCAGCAAUAUGAAGGCUUGCCUUAUCGCAGCCUACACCUUUUACGUUACCAAGCGAGAAGGAAGCCCUCGGCCGUUGAGGGUGAUGUUGGCGAUAGCAGGGGUGUGGGUAGUCAGCCUGGCCGUCAGUGUACUACCCCUAAUGUCCGUGGACGACCUGCUCAGCGUGAUACCUCUCUCCCUCUUUAUGCUCAUGCAGUGGGAGAGAGAUGGAGAGGGAGGGUCGGUGACCAUAUGCACUUUAUCGGGACUUCUCUAUGUGUUCCAAGGACUCUCCAGCAAUAUGAAGGCUUGCCUUAUCGCAGCCUACACCUUUUACGUUACCAAGCGAGAAGGAAGCCCUCGGCCGUUGAGGGUGAUGUUGGCGAUAGCAGGGGUGUGGGUAGUCAGCCUGGCCGUCAGUGUACUACCCCUGUGCGGCUGGGGGAGUUUCACUCCGCUCUCUCUCGGCUGCUUCCCGGAGAGACGAGGUUUUUACCUUCUGCUCCUUUUUUCUUUGUACUCCGUGUGUUUCUGCGGAUUGGUGUUCUUCUUCGUUCCUCUCACCUACCAGCUCCUGUGUUCCAGAGAGCCACAGAGGACGUUCUAYCCGAGCUACUUGGAUAUAGCCAGGGAUCUGAGAGGGGACGGGUCUGCGCCUCUCUGCGACCUCCCGUCCUUCUCUCGGGACAGCUUGGACAGAAGUUUCAGUACCUACAACGAGCUGAGUCCGGUUGGUUUGAGGAAAGGGUUAGGGGUGCGRGACAAAGUGGAAACAUAUACCUGUUCAAACCCGGACUCUGAYCGUGUACUGAGGGAUGAUGGUACCAUCUGUAACUGGGAAUCCCCGGUGUUCUWUGCACAAAAGCGCUUCUCCAUGAUCYUAGCGGUGGUGAGAGUUGUCUUGUGGAUGCCGAUGAUGACUCUGGUGCUCGUGCGUCAUGCCGUAAACGUCCGCAGCUCGUACCUGGAAACGGUGGAAACGGUGAGCUUCUUCCUGACCCUGCUGGCGCCUGCGGUCACGCCGGUGUUCAUGCUCUCCGAGCGCUGGAUCCACCUUCCGUGCGGGUGCUUCAUCAACUGCCCGCGGGACACAGAGCAUGAGCCCACCGCAAAGAAGAGGUUUGAAUUUAACCUCUCCUUCCAAAAAGGGUACGGAAUAUACAAGAUAUCGCACGCGACCAACCCCCACCGAACCCCGUCCGUCGAGAAACCUUCCUAUUACAACUUCUUCAACUGCGACUUCACAGAAAACCAGCUUGCCGUGCUGGACAGCUCCGGGGUCGCGAGCCUGCAGGCCGAGCUGGAGUUCAGGACCCCACGUGCAGUGGACAGCUCCCCACUGCGUGAACAUGGCGAGCUGCUUCUCGAGGCAGUGGCAGGUGGAGGAGAGGCCCUGGCGCUGGCAGACUGCCUCCAAUUUCCUCACGAUAACCACAGAGACCAGGACCUCAACCUCACGUCGUCGGUGUUCGAGGGAACGGAACGGAGACUGUCGCGUGUAGAGUGCAUAAAAAUGGAGCUGACGGACUGGGAGUGGUGUAGGAGUAAAUCCGAGAGGACCCCCAGACAGGGUACGGAAUAUACAAGAAUCGCACGCGACCAACCCCCACCGAACCCCGUCCGUCGGAAACCUUCCUAUUACAACUUCUUCAACUGCGACUUCACAGAAAACCAGCUUGCCGUGCUGGACAGCUCCGGGGUCCGCAGCCUGCAGGCCGACUGGAGUUCAGGACCCCACUGCAGUGGACAGCUCCCCACUGCGGUGAACAUGGCGAGCUGCUUCUCGAGGCAAGUUGCAGGUGGAGGAGAGGCCCUGGCGCUGGCAGACUGCCUCCAAUUUCCUCACGAUAACCACAGAGACCAGGACCUCAACUCACGUCGUCGGUGUUCGAGGGAACGGAACGGAGGACUGUCGCGCGUGUUAGAGUGCAUAAAAAUGGAGCUGACGGACCUGGGAGGUGUAGGAGUAAAUCCGAGAGGACCCCCAGACAG